AUGCUUCCACCAGCUCUCAACAUCCCGAAAUGGCUCGAGUCGAACUCACAUCUCCUCCAACCCCCCGUUAACAACUAUUGCGUGUACCACCCAUCCUCGCCCGCCACCUCCGGCUACACCGUGAUGAUCGUCGGGGGCCCGAACGCGCGAACCGACUACCACAUCAACUCGACGCCGGAGUUCUUCUACCAGCACCGCGGCUCGAUGCUUCUCAAGACCGUCGACACCUCCGUCACACCCCCCGUUUUCCAGGACAUCCCCAUCCACGAGGGAUCCCUGUUCCUGCUGCCGGCGAACACGCCGCAUAGCCCCGUGCGGUUCCGCGACACGGUCGGGGUCGUGAUGGAGCAGCCGAGGGCGAAGGGCGCGGUGGACGUGAUGCGGUGGUACUGUCGGGGUUGCGGGCAGGUGGUGUGGGAGAAGCAGUUCGUAUGCACGGAUCUGGGCACGCAGGUCAAGGAGGUGGUGGAGGAGUUUGCGGGUGAUGAGCAGAAGCGGACCUGCAAGGCGUGCGGCGCCCUUGCGGAGAGCAAAUACAAGGAAGGGGAGGUUGUGCAGCCGCCGAGGUUCCCGGAGUAG